AUGGCGGUACUCGAGCAAAGAAAAGAAAGAGAUGUAGCCAUACACACUCGCAAGAUCUCUGAUGAGGCUCAAUUGCUGAUGUUGGAUUCGUGUAACGGUUGGCUCAGUGGUGGAGUCGUCAACCGUCGAGACGUUUGCAGAUUGAAGUCCGAAGCGAAUACGGCCCGCCUCCGCUUCCAAGAGCAGGAGUCCCCAGAUUCCCGUUCCCAGUCGCAUCGAACUAUCGCCGGAUAUCGACGACCAGAAAAGGAAGAAACAACGGAGACUGUGUUUCUUUUCGGGACGAUUUCGGAUGACGAGAAAGGCAUAAUCUCGACCUCGAAAUACCUAUACUUCAUCUCUCAUCCAUUCGGUCGCUACAGACUCGCAUCUUCAUCCUUCCAAAACAUUUCAGCAGCUCAGCUCCCAAGCCUGUUCUUCGUCGGGGUUAAUGCGCAAUCAUACCUAGUUCCAAGUAGCUCGGCAGCAGCAAGUGGAGGGCGUCGAUCAGCGAACCGCAUCAUCGCAAAUCAACCUCGAACCCAACAUCCAGAGCACCUCGUUUGA